UUCUUUCAUUCACAAACAAAUAUUAUGCCUCCUGCUCGUGAACACUCCGUCGAAACUAUUCGCAGAAAUAGUGAAGUCAUGGGUAACCUUCGUAAAUUGAUGGUUGCCAACCGUGGUGAAAUCUCGCUUCGUGUCUUCCGUACAGCACACGAACUCUCCAUGAAGACUGUCGCUAUUUACUCUCACGAAGACAGAUUGUCCAUGCAUCGUUACAAGGCUGAUGAAUCUUAUCAAAUCGGUAAGAUUGGUCAAUAUACUCCUGUCGCUGCUUAUUUGGCCCAAGAUGAGAUUGUCCGUAUCGCCAAGGAACGUGGUGUUUCCAUGAUCCAUCCUGGUUAUGGUUUCUUGUCUGAAAAUGCUGAAUUUGCUCGUAAGGUCGAGGCUGCUGGUAUCACCUUCAUUGGUCCCUCUGCCGAAGUCAUUGAUAGUUUAGGUGACAAGACCAAAGCCAGAACCAUCGCCAUGAACUGUAAUGUUCCUGUCGUUCCCGGUACUCCUGGUCCCGUCAGUGAUUUCACUCAAGCUAAAUCUUUCAUCAAGGAGCAUGGAUUCCCUAUUAUUAUUAAGGCUGCUAUGGGUGGCGGUGGACGUGGUAUGCGUGUUGUUCGUGAUGAGGCUUCUUUGGAAGAUUCCUUCACUCGUGCUCAAUCCGAAGCUCUCUCUGCCUUUGGUGAUGGUACCGUCUUCAUCGAACGUUUCCUUGACAAACCCAGACAUAUUGAAGUCCAAUUGCUUGCUGAUCGUGCUGGUAACGUUGUCCAUUUGUUCGAGCGUGAUUGUUCCGUCCAACGUCGUCAUCAAAAGGUUGUGGAGAUUGCUCCUGCCAAGAACCUCGAUAACAAGGUACGUGAAGCCAUCUUAGCCGAUGCUAUCAAGAUUGCCAAGGCUGUAAAGUAUAAGAAUGCUGGUACUGCCGAGUUCUUGGUUGAUGCCCAAAACCGUCAUUACUUUAUCGAGAUCAACCCUCGUAUUCAAGUCGAACAUACUAUCACUGAAGAAAUUACCGGUAUUGAUAUUGUUGCUGCUCAAAUUCAAAUUGCCGCUGGUGCUCUUUUACCUCAAUUGGGUUUGACUCAGCAACGUAUUCGUCAACGUGGUUUUGCUAUUCAAUGUCGUGUCACCACUGAGGACCCCGAAUUAAAUUUCCAACCGGAUACUGGUAAGAUUGAGGUCUACCGUUCCUCUGGUGGUAACGGUGUUCGUCUCGAUGGUGGUGCAGGUUACGCCGGUGCCAUCAUUACUCCUCAUUACGAUUCUCUUUUGGUCAAGGUCACUUGUUCCGGUUCUACUUACGAAGUUGCCCGUAGAAAGAUUGUCCGUGCCCUUGUCGAGUUCAGAAUUCGUGGUGUCAAGACCAACAUUCCCUUCUUGCAACGUCUCUUGACUUUCGAUACCUUCAUCAACGGUAACUGCUGGACCACCUUCAUUGAUGACACUCCUGAUCUUUUCCGUCUUGUUCAAUUCCAAAACCGUGCUCAACGUAUGUUGGGUUACUUGGGUGAUGUCGUAGUCAAUGGUUCUCAGAUCAAGGGCCAGGUAGGUGACCCAUCCUUCAAGGAUGAGAUCGAGGUUCCUGUGUUACGUGAAAAGGGAAGCAACAAGGACAUCGAUGUCUCUGCCCCUGCCACCGAAGGCUGGCGUAAGAUCAUUGUCGAACAAGGUCCUGCUGCUUUUGCUAAGGCUGUUCGUGCUUACCCCGGUGUCUUGAUCACCGAUACCACCUGGAGAGAUGCUCAUCAAAGUUUGUUAGCCACUCGUGUGAGAACUGUUGAUCUCUUGCGUAUUGCUCCCGCUACUUCUCAUGCCCUUGCCAACGCUUUCUCCCUUGAAUGUUGGGGUGGUGCUACCUUUGAUGUCUGUAUGCGUUUCCUUCACGAGUGUCCUUGGGAUCGUCUCGCUGCUCUUCGUAAGGCUGUUCCCAACAUUCCUUUCCAAAUGCUCCUCCGUGGUGCUAACGCUGUUGGUUAUACCUCUUAUCCUGAUAACGUUGUCUACGAGUUCUGUGACAAGGCCGUCAAGUGUGGUAUGGAUGUCUUCCGUAUCUUCGAUUCUCUCAACUAUGUUGAAAACAUGAAGCUCGGUAUUGACGCUGUUAAGAAGGCCGGUGGUGUUGUUGAAGCUACCAUCUGUUACACUGGUGAUGUCUCCAACCCUGAACGUAAGAAGUACGACUUGAACUACUAUGUCAACUUGACCCAAGAACUUGUCAACGAAGGUAUUCAUAUUCUUGGUAUCAAGGAUAUGGCUGGUGUCUUGAAGCCUGAGGCUGCUCGUCUUUUGGUCUCUACCAUCCGUGCCAAGUUCCCUGAUCUCCCCAUCCAUGUUCACACUCACGAUACCGCUGGUACUGGUGUUGCCUCCAUGAUGGCUGCCGCUGCCGCUGGUGCUGAUAUUGUUGAUGUUGCUAUCGAUUCCAUGUCUGGUAACACCUCUCAACCUGCUAUGGGUGCCAUUGUUGCUGGUUUCGAACAAACUAGUUUGGGUACCGGUAUCCGUAUGGAAGAUAUUCAUGCCAUUAACUCUUAUUGGGAACAAGCCCGUUUGCUCUACUCUUGUUUCGAGGCUAAUGUUCGUGCUGCUGAUUCUGGUGUCUACGAGCAUGAGAUGCCCGGUGGACAAUACACUAACUUGAUGUUCCAAGCUCAACAAUUAGGUCUCGGUACUCAAUGGAAGCAAAUCAAGAAGGCUUACCAAGAAGCUAACACUCUUUGUGGCGAUCUUGUCAAGGUCACACCUUCCUCCAAGGUUGUUGGUGACUUGGCUCAAUUCAUGGUUUCCAACAGUCUCACUGGACCCGAAGUUGAAGAACGUGCUGCUACUCUUUCUUUCCCCACAUCUGUUGUCGAGUUCUUCCAAGGUUAUCUCGGUCAACCUUACGGUGGUUUCCCCGAGCCUUUACGUUCCAACAUCAUUCGUGACCAAGUUCGUCUUGAUACCCGUCCUGGUGCCACUUUGGCUCCUUUGGAUAUGGCCAAGUUGAAGCAGGAAUUGGUUGAAAAGUAUGGUUCCAAUAUUCGUGACUAUGAUGUUAUCUCUGCUGCUUUAUAUCCCAAGGUCUUUGCUGAAUACCGUGAUAUGGUUAACCAAUACGGUGAUCUCUCUGUUUUACCUACUCGUUACUUCUUAUCCAAGCCUGAGAUCAACGAAGAAUUCCAUGUUGAAAUUGAAGAGGGUAAGACCUUGAUCAUCAAGUUAUUGGCUGUCGGUCCUCUUAACAACACUGGUAAGCGUGAUGUCUACUUUGAAUUGAACGGUGAAGCUCGUGUUGUGGGUAUUGUCGAUCGCAACUCUGCUGUAGAGAUUGUGACACGUGAGAGAGCCAACUUAUCCAACCCCGGAGAUAUUGCCGCACCAAUGUCUGGUGUUGUUGUUGAGAUCCGUGCUAAGGAGGGUUCUCACGUCAAGGCUGGUGAUCCUCUUGCUGUCCUCUCCGCCAUGAAGAUGGAAACCGUUGUUACCUCCCCUGUUGCUGGUAAGGUUGAGCGCGUGGCUGUACAAGAAGGUGAUUCUUUGAACUCUGGUGAUUUGGUUGCCAGAAUCGUCAAGGAAGAAGCUUAAUUCUCUCUUUCUUAUUUUCUCUAUAUUUUCUCUUAUAUAUUUCUCUUUUAUUUUUAAAAUCUAUACAUAUUCACCCCUUUUCUUUUUUUUACAAAAAAAAAAAA